CAGGAAUGUGCCUCUGGGGACUCUCUGGCCCGCGGGAGGAGAGGGGUGGCGGCGGGGGCCCGCGAAGUGCGGGGGCUGCCCCGCCGCUGCGGGCUGGAGAGGGAUGCUUCCCGCGCGACGCGCUCCGCCAGGGCGAGGGCUUCAUUCUUCCGCGGCGUCCCUGGAGGAUUGGAGGCUGAUGUAUGAGGGGCCCACGGAGGCGGAGGAGCGGUGGUGAUGGUUUGGAAAGCCGAGCUGAAGUGCGCUGGGUUUUGGUGAGGCGUGACAGUUUAUCAUGACUGUGUUCAGGCAGGAAAACGUGGAUGAUUACUACGACACCGGCGAGGAACUUGGCAGUGGGCAGUUUGCCGUCGUGAAGAAAUGCCGUGAGAAAAGCACGGGUCUACAGUAUGCCGCCAAAUUUAUCAAGAAAAGGCGGACGAAAUCCAGCCGGCGGGGCGUGAGCCGCGAAGACAUUGAGCGGGAGGUCAGCAUCCUGAAGGAGAUCCAGCACCCCAAUGUCAUCACCCUGCAUGAGGUCUACGAGAACAAGACAGAUGUCAUCCUGGUUUUAGAACUCGUUGCAGGUGGUGAGCUGUUUGACUUCUUAGCUGAAAAGGAAUCUUUGACUGAAGAGGAAGCCACUGAAUUUCUCAAACAAAUUCUAAAUGGUGUUUACUACCUACACUCCCUUCAGAUCGCCCACUUUGAUCUUAAGCCUGAAAACAUCAUGCUUUUGGAUAGAAAUGUCCCCAAACCUCGGAUCAAGAUCAUCGACUUUGGGUUGGCCCAUAAAAUUGACUUUGGAAAUGAAUUCAAAAACAUAUUUGGGACACCAGAGUUUGUUGCUCCUGAGAUAGUCAACUAUGAACCUCUGGGUCUUGAGGCAGAUAUGUGGAGUAUUGGGGUAAUAACCUAUAUUCUCCUAAGUGGGGCCUCCCCCUUUCUUGGAGACACUAAGCAAGAAACAUUAGCAAAUGUAUCUGCUGUCAACUAUGAAUUUGAGGAAGAGUACUUCAGUAAUACCAGUGCCCUAGCCAGAGAUUUCAUAAGAAAACUCCUCAUCAAAGAUCCAAAGAAGAGAAUGACAAUUCAAGAUAGUUUGCAGCAUCCCUGGAUCAAGCCUAAAGAUUCCCAACAAGCACUUAGUAGAAAAGCAUCGGCAGUAAACAUGGAGAAAUUCAAGAAGUUCGCAGCCCGGAAAAAAUGGAAACAAUCCGUCCGCUUGAUAUCACUGUGCCAAAGGUUGUCCCGGUCAUUCUUGUCCAGAAGUAACAUGAGUGUUGCCAGAAGUGACGACACUUUGGAUGAAGAGGACUCCUUUGUGAUGAAAGCCAUCAUCCAUGCUAUCAACGACGACAACGUCCCAGGCCUGCAGCACCUCCUGGGCUCAUUGUCCAACUAUGACGUCAACCAACCCAACAAGCAUGGGACACCUCCGUUACUUAUUGCUGCUGGCUGUGGGAAUAUUCAGAUACUACAGUUGCUCCUUAAAAGAGGCUCAAGAAUCGAUAUCCAGGAUAAGGGUGGCUCCAAUGCCAUCUACUGGGCCUCGCGGCAUGGCCAUGUAGAGACGUUGACAUUUCUCAGUGCAAACAGAUGCCCUUUGGAUGUUAAAGACAAGUCUGGAGAGACAGCCCUUCAUGUGGCAGCUCGCUACGGCCACGCCGAUGUGGUUCAAUUACUGUGCAGCCUCGGCUCUAACCCCAAUUUCCAGGACAAGGAAGAAGAAACCCCCCUGCACUGUGCUGCCUGGCAUGGCUAUUACUCUGUGGCCAAAGCCCUUUGUGAAGCUGGCUGCAAUGUGAACAUUAAGAACCGAGAGGGAGAGACAGCCCUCUUGACAGCCUCUGCCAGGGGCUACCACGACAUUGUGGAGUGUCUGGCUGAACAUGGAGCCGACCUUAAUGCCUCUGACAAG